AUGAAAAAGGAGAAAAGUUCAAAACAACACAAACAUCGAAGUGAUCAUGAUCGUGUUGAAAAAAUUCGAGAACGUGAACGUCGUUCACCAUCUAAUGACGAUAAAUCUCGAUCACCAACACCAACAAAAUCAAAUACAAAUGAUCCAUCAAAUAGUACACGUGAAGGUACUGAACGUAUGUCAUUAUCAAUAGAUGAAACAAAUAAAGUACGUGCUUCACUUGGUCUUAAACCAUUAACAAUCGAUGAUAAUACAACAGCAGAUUCAGAUACUACAAAAAAAAGUUUAAAUAGUGAUGAAAAUUUUGUUCAUCGACCAGCAAUAAAUUUAACAGAAAAAACUCGAACAGAAAAAAUUACGGAAAAACUUAGUGUACAUAAAGAAAAGCGAAUGUUACAAGAAAAAUUUCUUACAACACCAACAUUAGCAUCUGAACCAGCUGAAUCAACCUCAUCAUGGAUUGAAAAAAUGCGUCAAAUGGAAGAAGAAAAACGUAAAGCAGCCGAACGUGCUAAAUUACUUGAACAAAUGGAUGAAGAAUUUGGUGUUAAUAAUUUAAUACAUGAAGAAUCGGAAAAACAAAAACAAACGAGAUAUACAGCAAAAAAUUUGGCUGGUCUUCGUGUUGAACAUUCAAUUGAAGAAUUUAAAGAAGGACAACAAGUUAUUUUAACAUUAAAAGAUAAAAAAAUUAUAAGUAAUAAAAAAGAUGAUGAAGAUGAAGAUGAAGAUGAUGAUGAAGAUGUUUUGAUCAAUGUUAAUAUUGCUGAUAAUGAAACAGCAAAAGAACGUGCUGAAUUGGCGAAAAAGAAAACGCCUGGUUAUCGAGCAUAUAAUGACGAGGAAACAGCAGAUCAAUUUGGAAUGUUAAAUCCAAAUAAAUUACUAGAACAAUAUGAUGACAAAAAGAAAUCGUCUUUCCGACUUGAAUCUGAUGGGGCUUAUGACAUGUCUGAUGAGAAGGUCAUAUAUGAAAUGAAACAAGAAAUUCGAGCACGAAUGCAAAGUCUAUUGGUACCAACACCAAAAGUAGCCAGUGAAUUUUAUACACCUGGUGAAAUGGACCAAUUCAAAAAACCAAAAAAGGUAACUAAGAAAAAAAUUCGAUCACGGAAAAUGCUAAAGGCUGACGACCUACUAGCAAUGGAUAGUAGUGAAUCACGACAAUCAUCAACAACGACAACAUCAGUAUCGUUACGUCCGGCUGAAACACGUCGAUCUAAUGCCAUUGUAUCAACAUCAAAAGAACGUCCGACUCGUGUUUCUCUUGAUAAAGUCAAACGAGAAAUUAUAACAACAACUGCUACAGAAGAUGAGGACAUGGUGGGUUCUGAUGAUCUUUCCAAUUUUGUUAUUGAAGAUGAUGCAUUCGAUGAACUUCAAACUGUCAUUAAUAAAACAAUGAAGCUCAAAACAAAGAAAGACAGUAUUUCAGCUGAAAAGGCUUUAACUGAAUUAAUCGAAGAACGUGAUCGAAAAUUAAAAGUUGAAAUAAAAGCUGAACCUAUGGAAGUUGGUAUUAUUGUUCCACCAACUACUACUCCUCCUGAUGAUAAAACUCUUGUACUUGAUACAAUGUCAGAAUUUUGUCGUAAUGUUGGUGAAAAUACUAUUGAUACAACAUCAAGUGUACCAAAAUUACGGACAUCAGCUAAAAUAAAACGUGCAAAUGUUCAAACAAGUAAAAAAUCAUCAUCAAAAACCAAUGUAGCAUUAGAUCCUGAUGAUGAAUUAUUACAACAUGCACUUCAAAAUGAAGAUCUUGAUGAUGAUGUUAUGGAUGAUACAACAGCUGAAGAUGUUAAUACAAAACCAUUUCGUCUUGAAGAAUCAAUUUUAGCUGCUGAACCAACACUUGAUCGUGGUCUUGGUAGUGCACUUCAACUUGCUUUGCAAAAAGGAUAUAUUGAACAAGAAAAAACUCGUCAAAAUGCUCGUUUUGUUAGUGAUAUUUCAGCUAAACAUUAUACAAUUGAAGAAAAAAGUUCAUAUGAAAUUGAAGAUAAACAUGCUCGACGUGAUCGUUAUAUGUCUGGACCAUUAACUGAUUUCAAAGAAAAAGAACAUUAUCGUCCUGAUGUUAAACUUGAAUAUGUUGAUGAAGGUGGUCGACGUAUGAAUGAAAAAGAAGCAUUUCGUUGUCUUUCACAUCGCUUCCAUGGUAAAGGUAGUGGUAAAAAGAAGACUGAAAAACGAGCUAAAAAACUAGUUGAAGAAGAGAUGAUGAAGAAAAUGUCAAGUGUUGAUACUCCAUUACAAACAUGUAAUUUAUUAAAACAAAAACAAAUUCAAUUACAACAACCAUAUAUUGUUUUAAGUACUAGUCGAUCUAAAGAUUCUCAACUUCCACCUGGAAAUGUUAUGAGCCAGCCUAUUAUUGUACCUCCUGUUCAUGAUACGUCACCGCCACCAUUUGACGAUGAUGUUGAUGAAAAUGAUCUGAUUCCAACUAUACAAAAUCCUGAAUUACUAUCAUCAGCUUCCUCGGAUGUAUUGAAUAAUAGUAAUGACGAUUGGAAAUCAAUAGAUAAUAAUAAUGAUACUGAAUUCGCUCAAAUUGAAGAUGAUAAAUCAAUAGUUAAUAAUGAAAAUGUUUUACCAAAUAAUAAUAUAACAAAUGAAGAAAAUUUUGAAGAAGAAAAAAACGAUGAUGAUUGGGCUAAUUUUGCUACAUUUGAAAAUAAAACUGAUGAAGUUUCCGAGGUGAAUUAUACUUUUCCUACGGCAACAUCAACCAACAUUGAAGAAAAUAUUGAAAAUGACUGGGCUGAUUUUGAAUCCAAUACAGUACCAGUCUCUGAAUCACCAGUGCAAUCAAUAAAUGAUGAAUCAUCUACUAAAGUAACAGAAGAAGAUGACGAUUUCGGUGAAUUUAGUGAAGUACAAGUCGCUCCAAAACUUGAAACACCUACUUUGUCAACUAAUACUUUAAGUACUGAACAAAUUGAAUCUUUAAUCUCAGCAUGUUUUCCUGUAGAAUCUUUAACAUCAUCGACAAAUGAUGAUACUUUAAUAUCUACUGAAUUACCUUCUUUUACUACUUAUAAAAAUCCAACAAAACAAAUCUUAUGUCUUGAAUCUAGUCUAUCUUUAUGGGAUACUUUAUCAAAUAUAUCAAAUGAUCCAAUAGGAAUUAAAUUUCAAUGGCGUAAAUCUAAUACUGAACGCUUAUUUCAUCAAGCAUUAGGAGUUAAUGAACGUUUUCGUGCAAAAACUGUUCCAUUAACACCAGAAAUUUUACAACCAGAAAAAGUCAAACAAACUACUUCAACAAACAGCGAAUCAGAAAAUACUGAUAAUGAAAAUAAAUUAUCAACUGAAGCUAUUCGCCCACAUUUUGAUUGGAAACAAAGUGGUUUAGAAAAUCCACUUGCAGUUUUCGAUGCCAAUAAAACACUUGAUCUGGAUUUUUAUGUUCCAACAGUAAAAUCUUUGAGUGAAGACGAACAAACAACAUCUCCAGCAUCUAUUCAAAGAACAGAUAGUCCUAUUAUUCAACGACAACAACAAUCACAUUCAAUACCAAUUAAAACAAUGGAUCUAUUUCCUGGUUCAACAACAAUAUUAAACGAGGAUGCUAAACGUAUAAUUGAUAGUUUACCCAAUUUAAGUUUUAUGAGUGCUAAAGCAUUAAUGUUUCCAAUACGAUUUAAUGCAAAUAAUAAUGAUGAAUCAACAACAUCGUACUAA